CGCCACAUAAAUAGCGCGGAGCGCGCCCGCAGCCACCCCACCGCUCCAGCCGCUGUUCCGGGUACUGCUCCGCUCUGCCCCGCGCCGCUCCGGGUACUGCCCCGCGCCGCUCCGGGCUCUGCCCCGUACCGCUCCAGUCGCCGCCGUCGCUCCCAGUGCCGGUGUUGGUCCCGCUCCGUGCCGUCGCCAUGCCGUUCCUGGGGCAGGACUGGCGCUCCCCCGGGCAGAGCUGGGUGAAGACGGCCGACGGCUGGACGCGCUUCCUGGACGAGAAGAGCGGCGGCUUCGUGGGCGAUAUCAGCAGCUUUUGUAAAAAAGAUGAUCACAACAAAGAGAAUCUCUUCAACAGCAUAAACUAUGAUGUUGCUGCCAAGAAGAGAAAAAAAGAUCUGCUGAAUAACAAAGCCAAGACUCAAUAUUUCCAUCAGGAGAAGUGGAUUUAUGUUCACAAGGGAAGCACAAAAGAGCGUCAUGGUUACUGCACCUUGGGGGAAGCCUUCAACCGACUUGACUUCUCCAGUGCUAUCCUGGAUUCCAGGCGAUUCAACUAUGUCGUGAGGCUGUUGGAGCUGAUAGCAAAGUCUCAGCUGACGUCACUGAGUGGCAUUGCCCAGAAAAACUACAUGAACAUUUUGGAAAAAGUGGUUCAGAAAGUCCUUGAAGAUCAGCAGAACAUCAGACUAAUACGGGAAUUGCUGCAGACCCUCUACACAUCCCUCUGCACGUUAGUUCAACGGGUUGGCAAGUCUGUCCUGGUUGGAAAUAUCAACAUGUGGGUGCACAGGAUGGAGAGCAUUCUCCACUGGCAGCAGCAAUUGAACAACAUUCAGAUCACCAGGCCUGCCUUUAAAGGAACCACUUUCACCGACCUGCCGUUGUGUUUACAAUUGAACAUCAUGCAGAGACUGAGUGAUGGGAGGGACCUGGUUAGCCUGGGUCAGGUGGCUCCUGACCUCCAAGUGCUCAGUGAAGACCGGCUGCUGUGGAAGAAACUGUGCCAGUACCACUUCACGGACAGGCAGAUUCGCAAACGUCUGAUCUUAUCUGACAAAGGACAGCUGGAUUGGAAGAAGAUGUACUUCAAGCUCAUAAGGUGUUACCCACGGAAGGAGCAGUAUGGUGAUACACUGCAACUGUGCAGGCACUGCCACAUCCUUUCCUGGAAGGGUACUGAUCACCCCUGCACAGCCAACAACCCAGAGACUUGCUCCACCUCUCUUUCACCACAAGAGUUUAUCAACUUGUUCAGGUUCUGAUCUUGGGUCAGCACAGCUUAUGCAAUUCCUACAGGACACUUCGUCACAGAGCUUGGACAGUCCAUUUGUAAAUAGUGUAAAUAUUCAUGUUUGUUUGAAGCUCCUGAGUCAAGCAACAAGAGGAUCUCAGAAGAAAGGUGAAGUUGCUCACUGACAUGCAGCAUUUAAGGAAUACAGACUUCCAUAGGACUGGUGUAUGAAUACAGCAUGUUGUACAGAGUCCCUUUUUUAUCAUCAGAGUACAAGAUACAGGGCAAAAAACCCUUCAUUUUUUGUUUUUAGAAGUUAAAAAUGAAUUUGCCCCGCAUCCAUUUGAGAACUCUUCUGGUUUGUUUCUAAUAGAGAGAAAGCAAUAUGAGGCUAGGACUGUUGAACUGUUCCUCCAUCUGGUUUUAUUUAGCAUACAUAUUUAUAAGUAUGACAUUUUAGAAAUAUUUAUGAAAAAUAUCCCUGUGACAAGUUUUAAUAAUACUUUUGUGCUUUUAAAAGGACACAUUCUGAAAUACUUAAGAUAGAACUCUAGCCUACUUGUGAGACAGAAUCGCAACAUACCACUUUCUACCUCUAAUAGAUUGAGUACCUUUCAAACAAAAAUCCAGUGUAACAAUGUGAACUUUUGUAUUUUGUACAAUGAUUUAAAGGGAAAUGUUUGUGAUAGUAAGCAUCUUUUCUUGUAUUAAUGCUUACCUCUUUACAUUAGUUUUCUUGCUCUAAUCAGUGCUUGAAUGCCUAGAUGAUAGGCACCAUAUGAAUACCUAAGACUUUACUCCAUCCUCUUUUAAUUGGUUGGUUUUAUGGAAGACUAUGCAAAUGUGAAAAUAGAAGACAAAAGGAUGAGCAUUAUCUAUAAGGGAGGAAGUUCUAUGAUAGGGAAACAAAGGACUGGAUUUAAUCUCACAAGGUAAAUUCUUAUUUGCUUCAUUAGGUUUAUUGCACUAGUUGAAAUCCUAAGUGAGGUUAGAAUCUGUUUUUUAAGCCCAUGUUUUCCAACAUAUACACUGCUCUGUAUUCCCACUGCUGUCAAGUGAAUUCAGUCAUCUUAGAGCUGAUAAAAUAUAGGGAGAACUGGGCCACUGAAUAUCAUUAAAUGAUGCGGUUUUUGUUUACUGGAAGACUGGCAGAAAUGUUGAGUUUGAGCCCUGGAGCUUAGGGAGUGAUUGGAAUUUAGCAGUCAGGACUUGGGUAAGCAAGGGAUUUCCAGCAUACUGAUAUCUUUGGUUCUUUCUUCAAGACCCAAGGACCCUAGUCCCUUCUGCUUCCAGUGCUGAGCUACUUUAUGGAAUUUUCUAACCCUAACCCAGAGCUAAAUUUUCAGUCCUGCAGAGUAAGUGGCCAUUUCACUGUGGCUGUGAUCUGGCUGUCUCCUCUGUUGCAUGCAAUGCUUCACUUUUCUCUACAGUGGAGCUUGAAGAAUCCAACUCAUCUGUAGCAAUCUGAAAACCUGCAGUGGAAAGUUUUUGCAGUUUGCCAGUAGAUUUCCUGUAUAGCACUUUCUCUGUGUAUGAUGUAAGCAGGAUACCUCGUAAGGGUAAAUAUUUAGUGGGUUGUGACUAUGUACAAAAAUUUUGAGGAAAAGGAGUACUCAGGACAAUUCAGGAAGAACUACUUGAGUUAAUUAUUGUUAAAUAUGCUGUUCCUUUUUUUACAUUUUUAUAACUGACUUUGAACACUUUUCUGCAGCUGUUUGUAUUUCAAAAUGACAGUAUUUGUGUUUUUGCAAACUAAAUCACUUUGCGUAUUCUUGGAAGAGAUGUGAAAAGGGAAAAAAACCUGCCUCUAGAUGGAGCAGUGGGAAGAGAGGAGGAAAACAAGGAAAAUGCUGACAAGAACUGCCCUUCUUCAGCCACCUAACAGCAAAUCCUGAGUUUGUUCUUCUAGAGAGUUCUGUGAGCCUGUACCACCCUUAGCCAUGGUCCAGAGCUUGUCACUCUCCAGAGAUGAGGGGAAAACACAUGCAGGAUAACAAGCUUUAUCUUGGUGUUGAUGCCCUAUUCAUCAGUUUGACUGCUUGUGGGAAGCAUAAGCCCCCUGAUCAUACUUAUGUCAACUGAAAGUGAUUUAAAAACUGCUACCUUGGAAAAAUACACUUAUGCUUGUUUGGGGAUGUUUAUGAGUAAAGGAGGCCAGUUUUUUUUCCUUCCUGUGUUGAUGGAAGUGGGUAGACAAGGCUGAAAUCUGGCUUCGUGAGUGAGGACAUUAAGGAAUGAAACUUGCAAGUGAAGUGAGUGAAGCAUUGCCACUGAAUUUGGAGAGUCCUGUAGCUCCUUUUUCCAGCAGUGAGAAGACCGGUGUCUCCUGGCAUAUUUUGUUUCCAGCUCUUAGGGUUGGUUUGUUUUGUAGUUUUGCCUCUGCCACCCAUGGUGAGCCAACCUGUUGUGAUGGGGAGGAGACAGUACUUUGGUAUGAAAUGCUGCAGCAUUCUGCCUACUCUGCAUCUGUGCUUAGCACCUACCUUCUGUGAGAUUGUGACACUGGGUGAAUUUUAAGCUCAAGUUUGAAUCUGGGCUACUGCAUUCCUUGCAUAAGAAGAUGGGAAUUCUCAACACUGAGCUGUGAUUUGGGAAUGUCUUGGCUCUAGCCAUUGUCUCUAUCAACCCUUCACUGGCCUCUUCUACCCAGAGACCAUGGGUCAUAUUGACAACAGAUGUAAUGGGCAACUGAGGCUCCUAUUUAUAAAACUUCAAUUUCUGUGUAUUUUAUUUCUUAGCACUGUAAGGGUCAAAGUGCUGAAGAUGAUUUGUUAUGCAUAGACACUUGUCUGUUGCUUUGUGUGAGGUCUUGGGAUAUUGCUGUCAGUGUCCAAACUAGCAGCAAACCAAGCAACCACUGUACAGAACAAAACAGACUAAAAAAGAAACAGAAUAAGCCUUAUUCAGUUACUGCCUCAAUCAUUACCCUCAUGCUGCAGCAAUUGUCAAAGAUGGCCUUGGUCUCUUUGGGGACCCGUUGUUUCUUGAGUGGCUGGUACAGGGAGAUGUUGCAGUGAAUUCCAUACUCCUGGGUUUGUAUUUAAAACAAAAUGCUGUUGCAUCCAGAUACCUUACUCUAACCAUUUACAAACAAAGCAAUCAGUAUUUUAGCAGUGCAAAGGCAGCAGCUUGGCUGAGGAGGGCAGAGUAACAAAACUGACAGUGAUAUCAGGGGCUUCCAAGAGGGAUAGUUUAAGGCUGAUCUCAGGCAAAAAGGACCUCUUUAAGACAAUUGUGGCAAAGCUGUUGCGAAGGAGAAAACAGACUUGUAUUUUGGAAAUAGAAUGUUCUUUUCAAAUGACACUUCAUGUUCUAGUUAGUUGAUGCAUUUCCAUUAGAUAUGCAUCAUUUCUUAUACUAGGAAAGAAGAAUUUUUCCUCUUAGGGGUUUUCUCUUGCCAGCAUAUCCAGGGAAAUCUCACUGUCUUUAGAGGAUGUAUUAACUAGUGCAGCAGCAUAUAACAUGGUGCUGUAAAGAGGAAAAAUAGAUCCAUGCAAGGAAGGGAGAGAUCCCAGAGAUCUCUUGUUUCAGCUUUCUAGAAGAGGCCGGUUUUUGAUGUGAUGGCCAUUUCAAGAGGCACGAUUUCAGCUGUACAUACCUUAAGCCUUUUAUACUAACCAUGGUAUGCUGAAGUUUGAUCAUAAAGUGUGUGUACCUCCUCUUAAGUUUUCUGGCUUUCUUUUUUUAAUUGUGGGAGUUUCUAGAUCCUUUCUUAUGUAAAGUGAUUAGGAAAAUGUGUAUAGCUCUGAAGACAUUGCUUUGUAUGUAAACAUUUAAUUGCACCCUGCCACUUUCUGUAUAUGGGAAUAUAUUUUAUAUUAUUUUUCUUUGCCCCAGGUUUUAAACUGUUUGUAUUCCCAUUUCUGUUUGACUCCAAUUACUUUUGUGAAGCUGUCACCUUCUAGAACAUACACAGGUACUAAACCAGCUUUUCCUGCGCAGAAAGUUCCUUGGUCAUUAGUUGCUGGUAUUCUAUUUAGAGCAGGAACAUUUCAAAUCCUAUGGUGUAGCAAACAAAUCUGUUUUUCACACUGAUCUCCUGCUUGGUACAGCAAACCAGCACUGUCCUCUGCGGUUGUCCUUGCAAACAUGUUGCACAUCUUCCCUGUAGAUCAGCACCUUGCCAGAAAGACAUAGCUUUAAAUUAAAAUGCCCCUCUUUGUAGCUGGCCUGUUUGCACAAGCACAGGCCCUGUGGAGCUGAUGGCUGAUCAGGCUGCUAUAGAUGCACUCCCUCCUUCAAGGUUUGGGACUCUGGUGUGCUGUUGUGCUGCUUUCUCAGCUGCUUUUUUGUUGUCUACAGUGAUGCUGGUUCUAGGCUCUGAAACCAUGGUCAGGUGUUCACACUGCUGCCAGUGUGUGACUUCUGGGUUCUGAGUCUUUACCAGCACCUGAUUUCUAUCCAGUGUCUUCCUCCAGUGAUUUUUUUGGUAGCAAAUCAGCUUUGCAGGAUCUGGCCCUAGGAGAACAAAUCCAUCUUGUUGUUGACUCAUGCAGUCUCAAGUAUAAGAUACUCCUGACACCAGAGGAAUUCCCUCUAUUAACCGAGUGUUGCUGCUUCUCUUCCUGGGAGGGCAGCUGAGGGUGGAAUUUGCCUUUCUUUAGCCAUCCUGUGCUGCACAGAAUGCUAACAUGUCAGCUACCAAGAGAACAUUUUAAUUUGAAAUAGAAAAUAUACUCAUCUUUAGGAACUAACCUACAGUAAUUAUAAAUACCUACUUAUAUAUGGAAGAGAGUGUGUGUUCUGUUUUAUUUUUCCUUGAAGUUGUAACUAGAGAUGAAGUGAAAGGCAUCCCUGAUAUAAGACUUCUGUUUAAUAUUAUUGUGUGGUUAAAAUCCUUCCAUUAUAAAUUUGCACACUUUUUUCCUCUUUCCUUGCAUGUUCAACUGAUUUUUACAGCUGUUCUGUGCAGACAGUAUUUUUGUAAGACAUUUUUGACACUGAAUUGCAAUAAAUGUUCAAACAAUGUGAA